GACCGCGUGCGUUACGGGUUUCCCAAUCGUUCCGCACUGCUGUCCGUCGUCGCGGUGGAACGGCGCAAACCAACCGACAACCUUCAAUACAACAAAUAUCAGUUCUUCCUAUUCUGCCUGCAUACUGGUGCUAUUUGUUUGGUAGCGAAUUUUCCACCCAAUACUUUCGCUGAAUCGGAGGCAUUUCUUCGUGCGCCCUUUGACUGUUGGGUGGAAAAUUGAAAUCUUUCAGUUCGUGGUCGUCCGUCCAGCUGUUCGGAAGUUUGUGUGAAAGUGCUAGGAUUUCGGACGUGUGUUCCGGUGUAAAUUGUUUGAUUAUUAACACAAGGUGCCUUACAGGAGAAGUGUGUGCUUAUUUUACCGUUGAAGGCAAGGUGUGCUCCGCUGGAAGAUUCAACUGUAUAUUGCACCCGAUUCGUAGUUUGGCGGGAAAAUUAAGUUUCGUGUGAAGUUUGGUGUUUAGAAAUCAAGUGCCUAGACGAUAUGAACCGAAACCACGUUUAUUUUUAUAAUCCGCAAAGUGAAAUGAUUUUUUUUCGGUUACGUUCAUUGGCAACUAAUUCUAAGUGAAAUACUAGAAGCAGUCCCGAAAUAUCGUAACCAUGAACAAGCAAUAUCAUCACCAGCAACGUUUACGAUGCGGAAGGAAACUGCCUCCAGUGAAUUGAAUAUCCCUUGAAAAAGUAGUCACUCGAGAUCCGGCUUGAAAGGAGGAGAAAAGCGAAGCCAAACUAAAACCCAGCUGUUAAUUAAUCAAAUCAUUAUGCGAUGAUUAUACGCGCUAGCGCGACGACUUGGACCUCGACCGCCAACACCACCGCAUCCAACGUUUCCAGUUUCGGUGGUCCUGAAACCAUUCCCCCCAUUACCAGCGACCACCAUUUGGCGGCAGAGACGCGAACGACAUCCUCUAUAAGCGCUUCGGCAGCAAGAGGAUCAGGAUGGCCGUCACUACCCGGAGUACGUCGGUUAUUUUCGGUGUCGUGCUGCUGCUAUUGGGCUUCCUGAAGGAUGUGAUCGCUGCAAAAAACUACACUUUGAAACCGCGAGUUGUUCUUCCUGACGAUUACGUGAAAGAAGUGAGGCCACCAUCGAAAAAGGGUACACCGGUGGUCGUAGAGUUCAGUAUAUUCGUUGUGGACAUUAACUCAAUCAACGUGGAGGACAUGGAUUUCAGAGUAGAUAUGUUUGUGCACCAGAAGUGGGUUGAAUCGCGAUUGGACUUGCAUGACGACAUCUUCGAGGAUGGUGACGAUCACGUUAUACUUCCGCCAGAGUUCUUCGAUAACCUGUGGCAGCCGGAUCCGUACUUUCUGAAUUCGAAAAUUUCAGAAAUCGCAACUCUCACGCACAAGUUCUCAUCGGUUACGCUGUAUAAGAACUCGACGGUGCGCUACGCAUGCAUGAUGCACGCCAUCAUCGCGUGCCAGAUGGAGUUUCAGCUCUACCCGAUGGACAUCCAGAUUUGUCCGAUCUACAUCGAGAGCUUCUCCUACCACAAUCAAAAAAUCCGACUCAAAUGGGCCGACAGUGGUGUCACCCUGAAUCCAGAGCUCAAACUGCUGCAGUACAAUCUCGGCCAACCACUGCAGCUGGAGGAGACUGACGGCUAUAUGCCGGAGAAAUACGGAAACUUCUCUCGGCUGGCAGUGUAUUUUCGAUUCGAGCGUCAAAUCGGACACCACCUGAUACAGACUUUCGCACCUUCAACACUUGUAGUAAUGCUCUCGUGGUUUAGUUUUUGGCUGGGGCUGGACGCUAUCCCUGGGCGAGUCACUUUAUUGGUUACCUGCAUGCUAACACUAGUGACAAUGUUCACAGGGAUGCGGGCAGAUAUUCCUCCGGUGGCAUACGUUAAGGCGCUAGAUCUCUGGAUGGCCGGCUGCAUGAUGUUUGUGUUCUCCGCACUUGCCGAAUUUGUGGUUGUCAAAGUGCUGGACGUUCAGUACCAGUAUCAGGUAAACAAGGUGCCGAAGGUACUUCCAAUGCGAAUUAGUGCCAUGGAGAAGGGUCAAUGUGCGACGGUAGCCAACUGGGAGGGUGGAGCGGUCAGCGUUCGACCUCGAAAGCCAAUACAAACGCCCACAACGCCCGGUCAGGUUUCCCUCCAGGGCAACGGAGGACCACAACCCUCGAUGACCAAACAACCGACGCGAAGACAAAGUAUUCUCUCGGUGGCGUGGACUGAUACGGAUACAGGCAUCGAGAAAAUUAUGUGGCGUGAAAUAGACAAAAUGUCACGAGUGAUAUUUCCGGGUUUAUUUCUCGUUUUUGUCGUACUCUACUGGCCAAUACUGAUUUUCAAAACGUCCUGAUCGAUAGGGGAAUUGUAGAAAGUGGCGAGGCUUCAUUUUUUUCUUAUCUUCUAACACCUAACUUGUCCAAUAUAAUGUUUGCAGCACACUUUGCCCACUAUCUCUCAUUCUACUAACUAAAUCGUGUAGGUCUCCAUUCAAUUAUACCAAGGACCGCUCCUAGGAGUGUUUGACUGACGUAUCCUAUGAUUCAUCGGUAGGUGCAAUAUAUUAUGAUUCACCAAUCAAACCAUCUAGGCCUUCAUUUUAUAACUCCAAUCGGAAAAGACAAAUCUUAUUUUUUGUAACAAAUCAAUCUAGAUCAGCAGCAUGAACAACCCAGAAUAAGGCUCGCAUCAAAAGCCCAUACAAGUCAAAAACUAGUCUUAACAUAUACGGGCAGAAUGAAUUGAUGGUAUAGUAGUCCUCAGAACACGGUCCAAAAGAAAACGUGUUUUAUAUUCGCCAUCGCACUGCACAAUGGGAUAAAAUCAUUAUUAUUUUAACAACUCACACUCAGUUAAUUUAACGAUUGCUCCGCAAACGCGCCAAUCUAAGCUGAGAUUUAAUUUAAGAGGAGGGUAAGGUUAUCCGGUAAAAGACACAUUUUUUCAAAAAUUUGCUGUGGCGAUACAGAGGUGUUAAUAUAUUCAUUCAAUUUCUGCAUAAUAAUAACACAAUUGAGAAAUAUUUUCUCAAAACUUCAUUCCAAAAUACUGAAAAUUUAACGAGUAACAACGAAUCUUCAGAGGAGCCUCGCCGAAAACUUGUUUUGUGGUGUACAUCAUAACUCAAAAUCUGAUAGACCGUUUUGAAAUUUUGCACAGUUCUGCUUCGCCUCAUUUCCCAAAUAACUACCGAGCCUUUAUUUUUGCUCGUUUUUUAAUUUUUCGUUGCACUUUGAAGCAUAAAGUCCGAUCUUUGCUUUGCUUUUUUUGAUUGUAAAAUAAUAACGAUAAUUCUUAUAAUAAUAAUAAUACUAGAAAUUUUAUAAAAAGCUCCUGUAGUUACAUAGGCAAUGAUACGAAGAAGAACUGAGCAAAAAUUCUGAACGAUUGGUCUAGGAAAUUUUGAGUUAUGGUUUACAGUGUACACUAGAGUGGGACAUGGUUAUAUGAAAAAAAAAUAAAAUUUCGCUUCGAGUAACAUUUAGCUCCCAGAACAACUCUGCAAAUUUUUAGUUCGAUCGGUGAAACUAUAUUUUUGCGCCCACGGUUUAAAGUUUACAUGGGAUUUCGUAUGGGGAAAACGUCUUUUGCAAAUUAAUUCUUCCAAGAAUCACCCGGUACCUUCUAAAAAUAAGUAGAUGUCUGAUUUUUAUAGAAAAUUUGUCAAGGAAACAAGACCACGAAACGAUCUGAUGCUUGUGGAAAAAGUUAUAAGGGAAAAACCGAUUUAUGCCCUGAAGAUUAACGAAAAUUAUACUUUUCAUAGCAUCACUGCUGCUGACGGUCGAAUUAUAUACAAAAUCUUUAACUUUCUCUUAUUAUGUACAAAAGGAGACUCAAUUUAUCCCUCAAAACUCUUGCGAAGUGGCUUAAUAUCAACCCCCCCUAUUUAUUUUUUUAAAAUUUCGGGGAUACAAAAAUUACAUAGAAGUGGUGACAGCGCACCACCUUGAGUACAUCCGCAGAUACUCAAUUUCCUUAUCUCUACUUGUCUUAACGAUACGCGCAGAUGUCGGUUGCUACGCAUUGCGUGUAUUCAGUUCGUGAUAUAUGACCUCGUGCUGUGUGUGUUAACCAUCCUAUCUCCCAAUGUCCGGCAGCGGUUUACAGAAAAAAGUUAUUUCCAUGUAUUUAUAUACAUACCUGCAAAUAACUUGAUUCCAGAAUUUAGGUAGGUGCAAGCUCAAUUAAUUUUUCGAUUAUCCAUUUCGUAAACAGCGCAAACCGUGUUCCGAGGUAAUCGUUCUAUUAACCAGCCCCGCCUUAAUGUAAUGUUUGUAUCAAAUGGAUUAUAACAUUACAAUAAGACUUUCGUUUCCUUACAUGAGGUAAGAAAUCGACACAUAUUUAGUGUAUUUAAUUGAAUAUAAUUGAUACAUAAAUUAGAGAAAGUUUUUAGAAAAAUAUACCAGUUUUUCUAUGUAACCAAUAACACACAGAGAACUACAUCUUGUCUUCGGCAGCAUAUCCCUCCAUCCGUCCCUCGUCUGCCGCGCCAAAAAAACCGCACGCAUUGGAACUUGGUCUAUACACUCGCCGAAUACUCACCAAAUGUACACUCCCGAGAAUGGAUAAAAAUCACAGCAGAAUAAAAGAGACGGAAAUAGAAAACAUGCAAACUCUCCAUAUUUCUGUUUGGGACGAUCCAUAAAUGACGUAGCAUUUUUUGAGUGAUUUUGAAAACCCCCCUCCCCCAUCGUAGCAUUUCGUCACAAACCUCUAAAUACACCCCCUGGUAAUAACGUAGCUUGACGGUAAUUCUCCCCCCUUGUCCCCGUAAAAUUAAAAAAAAAACGAUGUUAGUUAUUCCCCUUUAAAAAAGCUACGUAGCAUGACAUGACCCCCUACUCCCCUGUCGUCACACAUCAUCACAAAAUACAAUACUCCCCCAUAUAAUGCUACGUCAUUUAUGGAUGAUCCCUUUCGCAAUGUGCAUCGAGAAACAAAUACAGAGCCCACUCAUCACUCACUCCCGUCGCUCACACUCCGCCACGAUUCCCAUGCACACCCAAAAAUAUACUCCCGAGUAAACACUCAACGAGUGAACAGACCGAAAACGUCCAACGCACAAAUUCCACAGCGAGACAGACAGAAAAAACAUGCCGUCUGCGUCGAUGAAGCUCUUCAUGUAGUGUGCUGGGACGGGACAUGCGAAGACGGUCUUCUUUUUCCCUCCCGAUGUUAUUUAGCAGGGAAAAAUACGCUUGCAAAAUAAUUUCAAGCAAAUGUCGAUGAUAGUGCUGUGCCGAUGCGGCAUAGAUUUCUGCCGAUGAGGAACAGAUUUGUGCUGAAAAUAAUAGAGCUCAAACAUGACAUGAAUUUUGUUAUCGUUUAUCUGAGCUGUGUAAAACAACAUUAACCAUAGUUGUUGAGCAGAAUAAUAAAAUUACACAUGCCGUCGUUGCAUUUGGCAUAUUUGUUUUUAUACAUGUACAUGCAUCUAAGCAACAUGUGAAAUAUAUUUUAUAAAAACACCUUGUAUAUAGCUAUGAUAUUACGAUACUACCCAGACACUGUCCACUUCAAGAAAAUGAAAUUCGUCAAGAAAGGUCCGGUUCGUAAUGACAGGCCAUUGCCGGUUCGCGGUGACAUUUACUUUUUUUUCACUUUGCACGUCCCGUCCCAGGUAGUGUGUAUCGAGGGUCUGCCCCAAAGGUAAAAAGAGCGUGUCCGGAUAAGAAUAAGAAGAGUGGCAGAUUUGACAAACGCAAAACAGAUUCAAGAUAAUCUGCAUAAGGUGUAUGCAUGUGUGUACAAUAAUAUUUUUGGUGGCAAACGCUUUGAGAGGCUGAAAGCACUAGUUUCUAUAUUCAAAACAUUGUUUUAAUUAAUUUCGUUUUUAUUAACCUCUUUUUUGGGAAGUGAAUCAGUAUUUACGCAAUGUCGAUCUUGCCAAUCGUAAAACCAAAACUCUCGCUUUACGUAUACCUUUACCUUAUCUGGUACCAUCUUGGGUUUUCACGUCAUUUGCAGUUUGACAAGACCAAAAUUUGACAAGACCAUAAUUCGGUCUAUCCCUGAGAAUGAUCAUAGGAAGGGCAAUCCCUCGGUGUGUAUACGAACUUUACAUCGGGUUUGUCCGUCUCACUUUCGUAAUAGCUUUGUUCUCCUCACACUCUCGUUCGCAGAAACAGCGUUCGUAGAGUAGUGCUGAGUGGCGGGCACGGCGAUGUAUUCGUUCGCCCCGCUUGUUUUUGCUUCUGACGAUGCUUCUGCGGGAAAGGAAAACCUCCGAAAAGCACUUUUACGGGUCGUCACACUCCAGGAAUCUAGUUCCUCUGACGCACUCCAUAGUCUUCGACUAUCCGACGAUCCCUUGGUACACUUUUCCAGCGAUAAAACGCCCAAAACACGUCCCAAAAUGACAGCAAUUUGGGGAUUCCACUUCACACACGACCAACUCAACGCCUCCAUUCAAAGCAAUGGCAACCUGUAAUAACCAAAGAUUACUUUGACCAACUCCCUUCAAAGUGCAUCUCACCAAUGGUUUCUAGACGAAAUUAAGCCAAAGAUAUACAUCAAAGUUGAAAAUUAAUGCUUUAUUUGUAUAGCAUAUUUUCCAUGUACAAUUAUAACGUCGUAAAAAUUUUGACGUCAAUACUCACUUUUGCUGCGACUUUUGCUUACAUCUUUAGUAAACACUCUCAAUAUUGUCAACCGAUCUUUGUUAAAUUUGAAAGAUGAAUACAAAAUAGAUGGAAUUGUUUUCUCUAAAUCGUUUCUACCAUUUGUAAGUUUCAAGAUAUUCAAUCUCGUACUACUCGUACUCGUUUUUCUUCGAAAUGUGCUAACUGGUGCUUGUCAUAAGAUAGCACCACAGUGACAAUAUGUGUCAUUAAGUGCGAAGUGAUUGAGGCACGUGUGUUCGAUCUUCACUGAUAUGAACCAAUUUUAGAAGAAAUGUUCAUCUAGGGCCAAUAUAUAAAAAUCCAUUUUUUUAACGAUUGAACAAGCCCUCAGCCCGCGCGAACCAUAAAGCAAAUUGUCGAAAACAUCGAUUUUUAUUUGUUUAUGUUUAUAUCCAGUUCUAUUCGUUCUAGAAUCAAUUCGCGAGAUGUUUUUUGAAGAAAAUUAUUCAAGGAACCCAAAAAAUACUCGUUUUGGCGGCAGAGUUGCCAAAUAAGCGAUUUUUUUUUAUUUUAGAUUAUGAAUAACUGUGAUUUGUCUCUAGCUGUUCAGGAUCGGUUUUCAAGAUCAUUUGGAAAUUAUUUGAAUAUUGGCCUGUAAAAAUGGAGUUUUAUACGGAAAGCAGGAUUUUUUUCUUCAAAACGCUUAAUUUUUACCUGAAAAUGGCGCAUUGGGCAGCACUGCGGUUAAAAACGAGUAUUUUUAGGGAUUGUUUUUCUCAUUAUUUUUGGCAGAAAUAUUUUUUGUUUUUAGCCAAAACUAUUAAAAAAUGAAACGAUAUUUUAGGUUCAUAUUGAAGAGGUUGAAAAUUACCUUUAAUUUUCCGUCGUCCCGAAAUUCUAAAAGUUAACUCCAUGCUAAAAUCCUGUUAAAAAAUAAUAGUUCACAGGCAAUUUUGUUAUUCAUAGACAUGGUUUAAAAUGAUAAACAUCGAAAAUAUUAAAAAAAUGAAAAAUUUAACCGGCAUGGUGAAUGAAGUUUUUGACGACAGAUGGCAAAUUCGAAAAUGUUCAUGGUAACUUAAUACACGAACGGAACGUGCGCAAUAGAUGGAUUUACUCUGGUUCAUACACUCACUGAUGCUGUCUUUGGGAAAACAGCGAAUUCAAAGUUAAGCAUCUGGUAUAAUCCCAAACAGCAACAACAAAAUUUUGAACCAAGUGUACUAGAAACAAAUUGCAACUAAAAAGGUGCAAAUUUAGUCAUACUAUGUUACCGAAAGAUGUCAAACAAACAUUAUUCUUGCCCUCCCAUUGCGCAUGGCGAAAACUAAAAAUUUGUGGGUCCGAGAUUGGCGAAUCAAUUCAGGCUUUGAAACGAUAAAAAUGAACUACCACCAUAACCAGGACAGUGCUUCAACCAUCAAUCCAUAUAUGUAGAUAUACCAGAAACUUACCCAGAAACAAGGCCUGUGCAAACUGUAGUUAGACGCUUAUGAAAAGUUGCAUUCUUCUAUUUCUGAAAAUUCGAACAACGCUGUGAAAGCAAUAAGUACCUUAUACAUAGUUAAAAUAUAAGGAAUAGUUGACAUGUGAGUUGCUGAAAAUGCCUAAAAAUUAAAAGCAGCAAACACCACGCCCAAAAAUAGCCGAGCACAAUAUGAUAGUCGUUAGAACCAUUUUUAUAUGGGCAAAAUGAUGGAAGUCACGUAAAUAAAAAAAACCAAUGGAUCAUCGAACGCUGUGCCUUUUACGUUCACAAAAUCUUACGGUGCACACAUACAAACAAACACAAACGAAAUUGCGUAAUGAUGGCUUACGAAUCCGGAAAGGGACUUUAGCUAAUGAAACUCAAACAAAAAGGCUAUAUAGCUUUAAGUAGGUUUGUCGUUUAGGACAAUUUUGAAAUCAGACAAUUUUACUCAAACCAAAGUGAAACGCGUUGGUAUUUAGUAGUUCAUAAGACAGAAUGUGAUACAACAAAUUAGCUAGCUCAUGAAAGGAAGCUAACCAAGACAGUAAAAGGUACACAGCCACAAUAAUGCUGUGAUUAAAUCAUUCCCGUCAAACCAAAACUGCUUGCAUUAAAGAAAAGAAUGAUUUGUAUUACAUAUCCGCGGAUUACACAUUCGUUUUUGAUCGGUUAUUCAUAUCACAGCCGCAGUCUCGUCAAAUUAUUUACUUAUUCGUAUGUGCAAUGGUAUGUCUCACGUGUAGAUUAUUUUUGGAUCCUUUUCCGAUAAAAUAAAAAUAGUCUAACAUCGACAUAUUAGAAAGUAUUAAAUUAUAUUUAUCAAUAAUUCGCAUUAGACGCUAAUAAGAUGAGAACAUGCCAAGAAAAAAUGUUAUUCUCUAAUCUUGCAAAUGGCUUUUCCUUUGUUUAUUCUAAAAAUUCUAAAAAUAACUCAAAAAUCCCUUGUACGAGGAAAUGUUUUAAAAAAUCCGAAGACCUCAGAUUAAUAAAUGCAAUUAAGGUUCAAGUUACCUUUUUUAAGCAUGUGUUAGAAUUGAACGCUUGGUAGUGUGGGUAGGAAAAUUUGUGUUCAGCUUCCACCGGAUUAUCCAUUUAAACCUUUUUAAAACUCUAAAAGAAGAAUAUCAGUCGAUUUAUUAGAUCAUCACGAUUCAAUUCAUGCAAAAUACCUGCUGGAAAAACCAUCGGGUUAGCUAAACGGUGCCUUUGAAAAAGUGGCUGUGGUUUUUUCAUUGCGCAGUUGUGGUGCGUACCCCAGCUCGGUGUGGUAGUGUGAUAAAAAAUCACAGCCACUUUUUCAAAAGCACCAUCCAGCUAAGCCGAUGGUUUUUCCAGCACGUAUUUUGCAUGAAUUGAAUCGUGAUGAUCUAAUAAAUCGACUGAUAUUCUUCUUUUAGAGUUUUGAAAAGGUUUAAAUGGAUAAUCUGGUGGCAAAGCUGAACACAAUUUUUCUUACGCAUACUACCAAGCCUUGAGGUAACUUGAGCCUUAACGAGAAAGAACCAAAUGAAUUCCUGAUGGUUGAUCAUAGAUAAUUCACCAAACAAUGUAGAACCCCGGAUUCGGAUUCGCAGGUUAAAAGCAUAUUCACUUGCGUAAAGAAAACUUCGUACAUACGCUCCAACAGAUAGACUAGGGAUAUUGUUUGACGGGAUAGAUCUAUAUCUCCAGCGACUAAUGGCAUUUAUUUCACCUACAUUUUAUAUCUCCACACAAGUACUUCUUAAACGAGGAAGCAAAUCGAUACCACAGAAUACACCACUGUCCAGCUUUGGUGUUGCUGGGAGGAUAAGCAUUUUAAACCAACUUUCCGUUGCAUUCAGUUCGUUUUUUUAUUGUCUAAAAUUCCAAGAUAUUUUCGCGAAAAACCGUUGCAUAUGAAAACUGUUAGUAGGUAUACGGAAAAACGAUUAAUUUUGCAUCAAAGUUAAGAUCGGUGUAUUUACUAUGGUAACAUAAAGUUAUUUAUCCCUCCGGAAGUCGCAUCAUUAACCCUUUCAUGCCCCACUUUUUUCUAAUGCAUGUACUGCCGUGAUCCGCAUAACAGUCCCAUUUGCUAUGGGUUCCCUAUGCAGGUGGGACUGUUAUACGUAUCACGGCAGUGUAGGGGUUCAAAACUAUUUUUCCUUGAAAACGGCGGGAUCUAGAAAAACAAAAAAACCUUUUGUUUUAUAAAGAGAGGUGCUUUCCUUGCAGUGCUAGAAGCUAAUCAAUUUUUCUCUGUCAAUGUUCAAUGCAAUUCUCGACAAACAUAUGAUUACGGCUUAAAAGCCAACUAUCAAAAUUCUCUUUGAAGUGAAAUUCUGGACAAACCGUUACUAGCCAAACACAGUUUACAGUAGUUAAUGAAAGAGAAAACUUUUCUCUUUUGUUUACUACCAACAUCUGUGAUUGGUGAGUAACGGUUUGCCCGGAAUUUCGUUUCAAAGAGAAUUUUGACAAUUUUGACUGCUUUUAAGCCGUAAUCAUAUGUUUAUCGAGAAUUCUCCUAGAGUAUUUUAGAGUAUUUACAAUAAUCCAAUUGCGUGGAAAACGUAGCCAAAAACAGUCUAAAUUGAUUCUUUUAUCAGUUUUCAAUAAUAUUGAAAUAUACCGAAGAUGUAUGAAACAUUCAUUUUCAGUCGUCAACGUAAAUUGUGCCUGACAGCAUAUACUCAAAUGAAAUGCCUUAAUUGUUUUUGUGAGAGAAACAUGCCUCAAUCAAAAGUUAUAGCAAUUUAAAAACGUGUUUGACCACAAACAACAUGGGCAUGAAGGGGUGAAAAGCACCAGCACCAUCUGACAACCUGGAGCUCUAAGACGUUUUUACAGGAAUAUCAUAACUUGGAACACACAGCAAACUAAGCGACUUCCGGAGGGUUAAGAUACGUACACGCUUUACCCAAAAUCAGGUUAUCAAGGUCUAUUGGAAAGCAUUUUACCCCUAUACACCAAACAUGACAGUGCAAGAAAGAUACACAUAAAAUAUUUAAAAAAUCGCGCAGAUGUAAAUAUCGAUAGUAAAUGUGCGCCACAGAAAAAACAGAAAUGAAUUGAAUGCAAGCUGCAUGCUUUAUUUACAACUGAAAACUAAACAAUACCCACAGCAUCACACCAAAAGCUAUAAGCAUAGUUUCGAUUCUACCACUGUUAUUAGAAAACAGAUUUAGUUUGAACAUUGCUGUAAGCUUUAAAUUUAACAAACAGUUAGUCUUACAGUUACCAAACUAAUGACAGAGAAGUUAAAAUUUAUUUUAACAACUAGAGAACGACGACGCCGUUAAGGAAUAAAUAAUUUUUAUAAAACCGUUAUUCAAAACAAAUAAAAUUGCUGUUUAAGUCGUCUAAAAUAAUCCGAAUCAAAGAGAAUAGUGAAAGAGACGCAGAGUGAAAAUCAGUCAAAACGGCAACACUCCCUUUACGAUGAUUUCAACACUAGAAUUUGGCAACCGUUUCCAAAGGCAGCACUUUAAAUGACUCCUAUUAUAUUUUGAAAACAAACCUUUUGUCGAUCGUUGGAUUUGUUUAUCAAACGAUGUGCAUUUUGAAACAAAGAGAUGAAAUAAUUCUAAAGCUUGUUUUUACUCAUACAUAGACUCUAGAAUGCACCUUACAAUCACGAUUGCACUAAAUUCUGACGAAAAUUCAAAUUUCUUUUUUGAUAGAUUUACAAUACUUAUCUCCUCCAACUCAGGCAUGAGUAAUGUUUAUUUACAUUGCACGAUUGGUCUGCUCAAUAAGGUAUUUUUGGCUUCACACUAUUCGUCUCUUUCCCUUUUCUCUUUG